GACGGCAGAUGGGGGUCUGGGCCUGGGUAAGAAGCUUGCUCUUUAAUUAAUUCUUAGAACGGGUUUCAAGUAAAUGCCCCCCAAAGUCGCAAUGUCCAACACAACUCUGUGUGUAUGUAAUCGUCUGGAUAUUGGGAGAUAACCGGUAAACAACGAGGUGACCAGCGAUUUCAAUUCCAAUUCCAUUUAUAUUUUUGGGAAUAUAAAAGAGCUGUCUGCACCAGCACCAAGUCAAAUCAAAGUCAGCUUCCCAUCCAGAAACAUCAGCAUGUUCAAGAUCGUCAUCAUCUCGUUGGCCGUGUGCCUGGCGGUGGUUCUGAGUGCCCCAGUGGAUCAUGUGGCCUCCAGCACCCAGCCACCGAUUGCCAUAUUGGAGUCUACGCACGAGAAGCACGACGAUGGCUCCUACAACUUUUCCUACUUGGGCGAGGACGGCACUCACCGGCGCGAGGAGGCGGUGGUCAGGAACCAAGGCACUGAAAAUGAAUACCUCGAAAUCAGCGGCUCGUACUCCUACUUCGAUGCUGAAGGCAAGGAGGUGACCGUGACCUACAAGGCCGAUGACCACGGUUUUGUUCCGGAGGGAGGUGCCAUCCUGCCGCAGAUCUCGGUGGCAGCCAAGCAAGUUAGCGAGCAGGUUUCUCAACCAGACCUGGAUUAUGUAAAGCCCCCAAAGGUCUAA